AUCAAAGCCAAUAGCAAUUUUGGACAGGAUGACAAUAGCGACUAUGAUGAACAGGGAGACGAUGCCGCACUUGCCUUCAACGUGAACCAGCUUUGCCUUCAACAACCAAAAGAACUAUGUCAAAAAUCAAGAGCAUACAAUUUUCAAAAAUUUAAAGACAUUGACCGUAAUUGUAUGAAUCAGAGAGACCUGGAUUUUGUUAGAGAACAAAUGGAGGCAAUUGAAAAGGAGCUCUUCCAGAGGAAAGCCAUGGCCAUGAAAAAAAGCCAAAAACGCACAUUCCUUGGAGCAACAAAUGGACAACAAGACAUGGUAUCGUUUUCCCUGAACACAGAAACUUGCAAGAAAAGUUACCAGGAUACAUACCAUCGAAAGAAGAGGAGAAAAAGUGGAAAAUAG